AUGGCUAUAUUUGCCCUCAACUUGAAAUCAAUCUUGCAAGUGGCACCUUCGCUGGUUCAGCGACCAUAUAUAUUCUUGGUAGUUUCGGCCAUUGGGUUGCCCGCAGUAUGGAUCCUGCUUCACAGCCAUGCUCAGAGACAAGAGCAGGGAGAAAGAAGAUGUCUAUACCUACCACAAGGUCAAUAUCUGGUACCCAAAUUCUUCGAGUGUCGCACGACCCACACCCGCCUGUUUCCUAAAAAGCAUUCAUUUGAGUACUCUUAUCUUCUAGUUGGAGUCCCGGUAGGCUGGCAAGGCGCCGCCAUACCCAUCAUAUCAUCCGAUGCCCCCGCGUCCCAUGGCCCUACGCCUUCAUCAAAAACCUGGUUUUCUGUUCACGCUGAAGACUAUCUUGAACGCGGUACUCAUGUCGAUGGAUUGGCAGGAAAGCUGAAGGACUAUUUGGCGGACCAAGGCGCCUCGAUCGACGAUUACCCUUUUGCCUACUUGGUCACUGCUCCAAGAUUUCUCGGCUUCUCAUUCAAUCCCGUGUCCUUUUGGUAUCUUUAUGACAGGGCAAAGACCCUGGCUGCCAUGAUAUUAGAAGUCAACAACACCUUUGAUGAAAGGAGGAUGUACUUCUUGCCUCGAGAGGGUACAGGGAAUGCGCAAGCAUCGACUAAAUUUGCACAACAAUGGGCCAAGGAUUUUCACGUCUCGCCAUUCAACGACCGUGCCGGUUCCUACAGCCUCUCUGCUACUGAUCCUUUCGAAAGUCAUGGUGACGGUGGGGCAGAGCACGAAAUCGACAAUACUAUCGUCCUCAGAUCUGACGAAGGCAAGCCCAAGGUCAUUGCUCGAGUCUUCUCCACGAGCCCUGGAACACUUCCAACAACCAUAUCAGGGCUCAGAAUGAUGAUGUUCCUUGCACGAUGGUGGUGGGUUGGUUUCAUGACCAAUCCUCGAAUACUGCGUGAGGCGCGAGUCCUGUGGGUCAAGGGACUACAGGUAUUCUAUCGCCCGGAAGUCAUGGCAACGAGCAUUGGUCGAAAUCCCACUCCAGAGGAGAACACGCUCGAGCCUUUCUUUCAUUCCUGGCUUCAGCAAGUAUCCAACUCUUCAAGAGCGUCGAUCAAAUAUUCCCCUGCGGCAGGCCAGAAACAGACGGCAACAAUCCACCCGGAAGAGAUAAAUGAUCGCCAGCAGAAUGCCGCGAAGCGAGAGGCUCUUGAGAUCAGGGUUCUCACACCAGCCUGGUAUACGGAAUUGGCUCGCAAUCCGGAUUUGCGACGGGCAUUUGAUCAAUUCUGCUUUAAAGCAAUGCCAGGUCAAGCCAUGGUACAUCUUACCGAUCCAGAAAGAUUCUAUCAGAUCCUUGAGGGCGUUGAGUGUGAUGGCCCACUUUCAAGUGUCAGCCUUCGCUCGAGUAGCUAUGGCACGCUCGCUGCAUGGCUCCGAGGCAGGAACAAGUCUAUCCCAGCGACCGGCAAUAUUUCUACGGGAAUUCAGAUCGUUGCCUUGGACGACCACGCGAGAUCCACGGCGGAUUCGCAACAAUUCGUCGACUAUGAACGAGCAUGUCUCAAGAUCCUGCUGGCGGAUAGAUUCGCUGUGGGGCUGACCUCACUCCUCAGAGUCUACGUGCGACUGGCUCGGCUGGGUUUCUGGAUAGCCUCAGUCGUUCAUCUCAAUCAGUUCAUUCGCAGCAGCCGAGGGUACGGAGCUUGGGAUCUAUGCAGCUUCUCCGUCAAGGUCUUUGUACUGCUCAUGAUGGGGUAG